GUCCAGCAUGCCAGCAAACAGAUCACAGCAGAGAAGCAGUACAAGGGCAUCAUCGACUGCAUAGUCCGCAUCCCCAAGGAGCAAGGCAUCAUCUCCUUCUGGAGAGGCAACUUGGCCAAUGUCAUCCGGUACUUCCCCACUCAGGCCCUCAACUUCGCCUUCAAGGACAAGUACAAGCAGAUCUUCCUGGGGGGAGUGGACAGGCACAAGCAGUUCUGGCGCUACUUCGCAGGGAACCUGGCAUCUGGGGGUGCCGCGGGAGCCACCUCCCUCUGCUUCGUCUACCCGCUGGAUUUUGCCAGGACCCGGCUGGCAGCUGAUGUGGGCAAAGGAGCUAGUGAGAGGGAGUUCACUGGGCUGGGCGACUGCAUUGUCAAGAUUUUCAAGUCUGAUGGCUUGAGGGGCCUGUACCAAGGGUUCAGCGUGUCUGUCCAGGGCAUCAUCAUCUACAGAGCGGCCUAUUUUGGGGUUUACGACACGGCCAAGGGUAUGUUGCCUGAUCCAAAGAAUGUGCAUAUCAUAGUGAGCUGGAUGAUUGCCCAGACUGUCACUGCGGUAGCAGGGCUGGUUUCUUAUCCUUUUGAUACUGUGCGACGUAGGAUGAUGAUGCAGUCGGGACGAAAGGGAGCUGACAUUAUGUACAAGGGCACAAUUGAUUGCUGGAAGAAGAUAGCUAAAGAUGAAGGAAGCAAAGCGUUCUUCAAAGGAGCCUGGUCGAAUGUGUUGAGAGGCAUGGGCGGAGCUUUUGUAUUGGUACUUUAUGAUGAAAUCAAGAAAUAUGUCUAAACCAACAUCAUCAUGUAGUUCAAUUGUUCUCAAUCAACUUUUUUUAAAAACUAUAUGCUAUUGUGAUGUAAUGGACAACAAAAUAUUUCCUAGGGAAACAGAAUAAAAUUGGAGUAAUAUAUCUGUUUGAGAUGAGGAUGCAUCAAUUUAAAAAAUUGUCCACUACGUCAUAGUUAAUUUUGUAUGAAAAUUCCUCCAACAUUUGUAUUGGAACCUGUGUAUAUAUUAUACGUCAAAUUUCGGUAAUACAUUUUGUCUAGAGACAAGACUUAAGUUGUCUAUACCUAGUUUAAAAUAUAAU